CAUUCUGUUGCUUGGACUUACUCAUUUCAGGAAUACCAUACAAUACUCAUUUUUAACUAUUUAGAAAAGUGCUCCUUUAUUGAGCAGCACAUUCUUCUUCGAAGAUGAUGAAGGAAGGGCAGAUAUCCAAUCGAAAGAAGCAAUCUAUGGCACCUUUACAAAGUAACUCAAAGUAGGAAACAGCUCAGACAUAACUGUUUAUAGAUAGUUUAAAGGGGGAAGUGGAGACUGAAGAAAAUGCAUGAGUAGUUUAAGAAAGGAAGGAGUUUUGGGUCCUCCUAGAAACCUUGAGCUCACUCUGCUUUAUAAAUACUGUUGGAAGGUAAGGAAUCCUUCAGUAGCAGAGCAGUCAACAGGGAAAAGAGGUUAAAAAUUUGGAAAGAUGUGGGUAGCAAUGGAAAAAGUGAUUCAGAAAAGGUGGGUGGGGUGGAGAGGAUAAAAGAUAAAAAAGCUGUCAGUUUAUUUCCUCUUAAAGCUAUUUCUUUCCCACAACCCUUGCUUUCUUGUUUGUCAGUUUAAAAAAAAUUGGGUCUAUAAGGUUAGUUUUCCUCAGAAGGGAAGAAAUAAUUAUUUUUAAAUAGUAUUAAUUUUUCUUCAAAGAUUCUCAAACCAACAUACUUAGAACUGAAACUGACCUUUAUAGUCAUGUUGUUCAAGUCUUCUCCCCAAGCCCCCCUUAAUUUUAUAGAUGAGGAAACAGAUCCAAAGAAAGAAAUGAUUAGCCACCAGUCUCACCGCUGUUGAGUCAGGACUCAAACCCAGCGCCUGGGACAUCAAAUUUAACAUUCUUCCUGUCCCCAUUUUGUCUGAAAGCUCAGACAUCUAUUCAUUUCCCACACAGCAGCACUCAUUUUGUAUUUCCUUCACUUCUCCAAUUUCCUUCUGCCCCUCCUCCUUCCAGCUUUCUUUUGUGUGUUGUCUACCUCCACUAGAUGGUAAACUCCUUGAGGGCAGAUUGUCUUUCUUUUUCAAAGUUUGCAUUGCCAGGAUUUAGCUCAACGCUAGGCACCCAAGUAGUAAUUUAAAUGUUUACUGACUGUUGAAAUGUAAGAACUACCUCAAUUCAAUUCUGGACAUUCAACACUACCUCAGUGUGUAGGGUAUUUAUCCUUGUCUUAUUAAUUUACCACAUCUUAUUAAUAGGAUCCCUGCUUUAGAACUAGUAGAGAUUACCUUGGAGGUAAUCUAAUACAAUCCCUCCAUUUCACAUCUUUACUGUAACCACAAAGAAGAAUCAAAUAAAGAUGUAUCUUGUUUUAUUAAAUAUGGAGAUGUGGAGGCAGAGGAAUUGGGUUUGAAUUCCAGCUCUAUUAUUACCUGUGACCCUUCAAGUGCUAAAUCUUAUGAGCUCUAUGUGUUACUGAAAUGUUUUGUGUAAAGAAAAUCUUAAAAUUAUAUUUUGAAUGCACUUUGAGGAGUUGCUAUUUGAAGAGACUGUGUGAAUAUGCUUUUGGAAUGAAAGUAAUUGCUCCUUAAUUUAAAUGUUUUCUAAGUUUGGAUUUUUUUGUAUUUUGGCUUUUCUUAAAUGAAGGCAUAUCUGUAUCUUGAAAUGACAUUGUAUUUGUCUUUCAAUCAGCUCAAAACACUUAACAUUCACGAACUUACUUAACACUUUCCCUUACCUACAUGUAUGGAAGCUAUUUUAAAAAGCUCCUUUAAAAAAAAAAGUAAAAUUAAGUCGCAGUGAAGUGAUUUGCCUACAGUCACAUACAUUCAAGUCACACUAGAACUUAGCUCUCCUAAGUGAGGACAGUUCUCUAAUACAUACAGCAAUGAUGUCAUUUAAAUGUAGAAUGGGGAAAGAGAUUUACUGUUCAGAGAAUUCUAGGCCUGGCAUAUGACCCCAAAGUAUUUUGGUCUUCUGACACAUCAAAUUGUAAUGACCCACACUAUGAAAACAAGACUUCUCAGCACUAUUAGUGACCCGCCCAAUUCUGAAGUUUUGCUCUGCUUUUUGAAGGACUGCUGUCUCACAAUAUGUGCUACACACCAAGAACUAACAGCCUUGGCAGAAGACAUGACUAGGCGACAGCAAGCUGAUGAAAACUUUGCUGGAGAAAACCAGAGAACUUAUGUUCCCCUGAUUUAUUCGGGGCCACGCAAAAGUCUGUCGGGAUUGACCCAAGUUAGGGACUAGGUACCUAGACAAGAGCGGGAGUCUGGCAGGUUCCGGGCCAAGUAAUAAACACUGUACGGUCGUGUUCCCACGCCUCACACCAGCCCCAAAACUUACUUAGCAAAGUCUCUUAAAAUGGAAUUACUUCUCGAGUAGGCGUGGACGGGGGGUGGGAGGGGGAAAGGGUGGAGUGAGAGGGAAAGGGUGUGUGUCCGAGUACAGUGUGGGGGGAGGGGCGCAGUCAGGAAGCCAAUCCUGACCCUUCCUCUAGAGCUGGACAGGACCUCGGAGGCCUUGGAGCCUGCCCCCUCCUUUACAGACGAGGAAACCGACGUCCGGGGAGGUUUGAGCGACUGCCAAAGAGCCAGAUUUCGAACUCAGACUUCUCAGCCUCCAACGCUCUUUUUACUGGCCCGGGUGGCGAUGUCUCUUUGAAGGACACUUAUACAUUGCCGGGGUUUUUUGGGGGGUGGGGAGUCGGGGUUGCGGCGGCAGGGGAACUACCGUUAGGAGCGCCAGCUUCAACUCUGGGAAUCCAGCUGUGUCCAGUACACACCUGAACACACUCCCAACCACACAAACAACCGAACAAAGGCCUGGGCUGGCGCUGGCUUUCCCCCGCCUCUUCCCAGGACGCCCGAGCUCCCAGAGAGGUGACACCUUGGGGACUUUGCCUUCUCGUUCCCCUCCCCCCUCGAGAGCCGCUUCCUCUUCCACGCUGUUUCCCCCUUUAAGAGAGGGCUCCGCGGGACUAACGUUCGAAUCUGCCCUGUCUCCCGUCCUCGGCCUCUGAUUGGCUCAGAGAGGCGCACGUGGGAGCGCGAGCUCUCCCCGAACCGGUCGGAACGGUCGCUAGUCCCGUCUGAUUGGCUGGCGCGAGAGGGCUAUAUAAAGCCGCCGGGUCGCCCGUCUCCUCUCAGUUAGCGGCGGGACUGGUUGCUAAGCUGCUGUGUUGUCCGUCGUGGUCGUGAGAAAGGGGGUCAGAGCUCGCGUCGCCGUUGUCCUGGUUGUUUGUUCAGUCGGUUUGGGCUGAGGGAGGAGCUGAAGCGUCUCCGCCUCCGGCCCCACACCCUCACCGUUGACGGGACGAGAGGGUAGCCCCCCGUGAAUCAGACUCCUUAGAGCUGCGGAGGCGCCUGAGUGAGGGAGGAUGGAGUUCAAGCUGGAGGCUCACCGGAUCGUCAGCAUCUCGCUGGGCAAGAUCUACAACUCGAGGGUUCAACGCGGCGGCAUCAAACUCCACAAGAACCUGCUGGUGUCCCUGGUGCUACGCAGCGCCCGCCAGGUCUACCUGAGCGACCCUUGCCUGGGCGGCCCUGGGGUGGGGGGACCCCCGCAGCCGCCGCCGGCGCAGGAGCAGCUUCCUGGGGAGCCGGCCCCGGGGUGGGGAGAGCCGCACGCGAGGGACAGCAGCAUGGAGCAGGACCCGGAGCCCGCCGGCGCCGCCCCCGAGCCGCCUGCCCUGCCCCUGGCGCUCGGGAAGCGCUCGCUCGAGGGGUCGCCGCUGCUGAGAGCCGAGGCGGUGCCCGAAGCCCCGAGGCGCCGCGUGGAGGCGGCGGAGAGGGGCGGCGGCGGGGGAGAAGGCGCCCUGGAGGGGCCGCCGCGGGCGCGGCAGUGCUGCUGUCGCCGCCUCUGCUGCUCUCCCCACGGCGCCCCGCGGGCCGACUGCGGCUGCCGCCCGCGUCCAGACGACGGGGCCCCGCCGCCGCCCGUCUGCCCCCGGAAAAGGAGCGCCUCGGGGGCAGGGGGCGGCCCCGCGGGGUGCCUGGCUUCGGGCGGCUCCCCAGUGAAGAAGCCCCGCAGAGACUCAGAGGAGCAGCCGGGCGACGAGGAGGAGAUGGAGACCGGUAACGUGGCCAACCUCAUCACCAUCUUCGGUUCCAGCUUCUCCGGACUCUUGCGCAAAAGCCCCGGGGGCGGCCGGGAGGACGAGGACGGCGAGGAGGAGGAGGAGGAGCCGCAGCGAGGUCCGGAAGCGGCGGAGCCCGGGCCCAUGUACUGCGAUAAGCCGGUGUUAAGAAACCUCAACCCCUGGAGCACUGCCAUCGUGGCCUUCUGAUCGCCCGGGGCCCGGGCGGGGGAGGGGGCGCGGAGGAGGAGACUGACGCGGCGCUGCCCAGCCCCCGCCCCAGCGCGGCCCCGCCCCUGGCCCGACGCGACCCCUCCGGAGCCGGCUGGGCAGCGGGACCUGCCCGGGGGCGAGCCGCGAGCGGGACUCUGCCACCCCCGUCGGGCCCCUCCGGCGCGCGGGGGCUUGUGUUAUAAAGCUGUUUUUUGUAAGUUUAUUGUUGAAGUAAGGCUUUUUUUGUCACAGGGUUUCUUGUCUGGGGCUCGAGACAUUGGGGAAGGCGUGGAGCCGGGACUUUCCUCCGCCGGCGUCGAGAAGGAAGCAGCCCGGCCGGGGGACCGGGGGAGCCCCCUCCUUCCCGGGGGAGGAAGGGACUUUCUACACACUCCUCCCUUCCAGCCCAGCACCUUCCUCUUCGACUUCCUUUCGGGGAGAUGGGCUCAGGCUGGAGCCUGCUCUUCUGCGGCCCCUUCUUCUUAUCCUAGAGCUAAUUCUUGGGGGUGGGAGGGAAAAUUUCUUCUUGACAAACUCCACGGUCUCACCCUUCUCCCUCAGCACCCUCCCACCCCCCCCAUAAGAAAGCUUGAUAAGCUUCUUAGAAGAGAUCAAGCUUAGAAAUACUGAGUUAUAAGGAUAUAUAUAUAUAAAUACAUAUAUAUAUUUUUAAAAGCUCUAGGUCAGAAUUAUUACACAGUGCUUUUAAAAAGUGUUUAAUGAAAAAGUUUACAGAUGCCCUAAUGGAAAGGUCUUAUGGCUUAGUAGAUUUGAUUACUCCCGUCUUUGUUGUAUAAAGGCUGGGGUACUUGUAGAAUUUUUGUACAGUAUUUUCUUCGUGUAUUGACUUUUUUGUAUAAAAUGUAAGUUUACGUGUCUAACACGUAUUAAAUAUUUUGAAGCAAC